AUGCCUCCCUCAGCCCACUCGCCCAAGCGGUCCCCCCAGACUGCCGCAAAGGGUAUCCAGCGCAACCCGACUCGUCGACCCUCCGCUCAUUCCCUCGAACACACCCUGACGGGUCGCUCACCUAGAACCUCGAACAAGGGCCUCGCUCUUGGAUCAUUGGGCAUGGACCGGAAACGCAGGGCUUCGUCUAUAUCGGUCUCCAGUGUGUCGUCGGUCUCCUCCAUCGAGGAGCUUAGCGACGAGGAGGAUAACGACUCGGAGGACGAUGAUGCCGACGAUGAAGAAGAUGAACAGCCGGCUGUUCGCGGCCCGUCUUAUGGCCGUCGGGAUCGGUCUCAUAAGACGGGCAUGAAGUCUGCCAAACGGACCAAGAAGAUGAAAUACUCCGAUGACGAUGGCUACGAUGGCCAAAGAAGCAGUGAUGACGAUGACGAUGACGAUUCUGACGAGGACAACUCGGAUGAUAUCUAUGCUGCCGUUGAUUAUAUCAGUGACGGAGAAGACGAUGAGGACAACGAUGUGGAGAAACUCGAGGAAUUGUUGAUCGUCGAGUCCGAGGAUGAGCAUGCCGUUGAGAACAUCUUGACCGCCGCCGCCGCCACAGAGACUAAUGACUGGGCCGGCCCCAAUGUCUUUGACGACCAUAUGCUCCUAUCGGCUGCGUCAUUUUUCGACGACGAACAGCUCUAUAGCGCAAUGGAAACCUUCGGCGACGAAAUGGCCAGCGAGACUGCCGUCGAGAUACCCAUACCCCGCCGGGUGCACUUUGAAGAAGACUCCGAUUCUUCCUCCGACAGUGAUUCACACACUGAAGACGAGAUUCCAAGUGACUUCCUCCAACAGGACAGCCUGGAUCCCCAGCUGCGUCGUAUGAUCGAGAGCGACAAUGAGAACUUCCCGCGCCAGCGCCGUCAGUCAGAGGAGAUGUUUGCCGACUCUGACUACGGACAUUCGAACAUCUAUCACGUGGAAUCCGACGCUGUUUCCGAGGGUUCGGAAUCGAGCGGAUAUGAGACCGAUGAUGGCGAGACCACAGAUGAAGACCUUCCCCCUCCCGCUACCAUCACUCAUCCCAGAUCUAUCCUUCGCCGCGAUUCAUCCGCCUCUCUUGCACCUCCCGUCGAGGAAAAGCCUGAGCCUGUGAGUCGGCGCCGCGGGCCUAUCAUGGGUACCUUCGUCGCGGACCCCCACAAGCCUGUUGCGCUCGUUGAUUGCACUGGUAAACAUCUGGUCAUUAUUCCCGCCUAUGCCUCGUCUCGCCAUGACUGGCUGGAGUCCGCUACCAACAGUGUAUGUGGUACGGCUCACAACAGCCCACGUGCCACCACCAUGCAUCUCAUCGAUGAGAGCGAUACAGAUGCACUCGCAUCGCCCGGCCACCUCGAUAUGAGCCCGAUGCUGGCCUCCAGUGCCAAUCUGAUGAUGACGGCACUCGGCAAUGAUAUUGCCCCAGGCGGACAGGUGAUGGGGCCUCCCGAGGCUUUUUACCCGUCUCGGGACUUUGCCAUUGACAGUUCCUUCGAGGACGACGAUGAGGAUGAUCCGGAAUCAGCCCUGAAUGUCGAGGACUUCAUUGACUUCGGCCAUGAGUCGUCCGAUGAUGAGAUGGACAAGGUGUUUGAAGAGGAAACACUACUCUCACCCAUGGCAGCUCAGACCAAGCAUGCCGGCACUGGCACGCCAACCCCGAGCCGGGCUGGCGAGUCCCAUCAUGCUAGCAGUGCAGAGCGGUUCCUUAAUCAUUUGGAUCGAGGCAUUGUGACCGCAUUCCGCCGUAAUCACAACCGCUACCAAGCACUGCUGCGUCUGCCCCAACAUCGGGAGUUUAUGCCCGCCAACUCACCUUCUCGCCCUGCAAGUGUGUUUAGACACGCACGUAAUGCAGACCAACGAACCCCUACGCGUAAGCGGAAACCCAACGGGUACAACGGUGGGGAAGCCGUCCGACGAAAGUUGAUGGAUGCCCACCGUCGCAGUCAGCUUCCUUUCUAA